GUUCCCUUUGAAACGAAAGGCUGUGGUCUAUAUUUGGUUUAGUUGGUCUAUCUUUGGUUUAGAAGAUCUUUGCCCUCCCUGUACCGGACAGAUUCGACGGACCAGACUGCAUGACGAAGGCGAUUGAAAGUAACGUCAUUUCAACACAAACUGAAAGAUUAUUCCGUGUAUGCCAAAGAUGGUCAGACAUCACUCCGGACCUCCUCGGUUCAAGCCCAGGUCCUACUCGGAUGGCUACAACAACAUGCCACACGAAGAGCAUUACAGCCCUCAUCUCAGGGGUCAGAGAGGAUUCCGGGGCCACCCAGGAAAGGCCCCUCCAAGCUGGAGAGAUUCCAGAGGCAGAGGACACGCUCACUUUGCCAAAAGUCACACACUGAUAGGAGAACGGCGGGAGCGACAAUUCAAUCAGUGGAGGUCCCAAAACCAGGAUUCCUUCAACACAUGUCCCUCUCAAUCGGAGCCCCAUCAUGGACACAGGAGGGCACCCCCAUCCAGGCCAAACUGUCCUCCCCAAGCCCAGCAUAGGUCCUCCCCACACAGUCCUGCACAAUGGCACCAGGGCCAGAGGGGAGCACCUAUCCAUGGACAACACCCAGGUCACAGAUCACCCUCACCAUACCAACCCCCUGACAGGAGGCCACCACCCUCACCAUCCCCCCACAGUUCCUUCAUGGGCACCCACAAGCACCCAGGUCCUUUCCAUGAAGAGGAUAGGAGCUGGGGUGCCCGGCCGCACCAUAGCCCCGGGAAGAGGUUGUUUGAGGGCCCAGGUCGUGGGGGGAAGCGCUGGAAUGGGCCAGGGCCCUUUCCCCACCCACACAAUAGUGAACGUGGACCUUCUGGCACCACCCAGAAAAAUCCACGGGAGUUUCAUGGCAGAGGCCCAUAUCCAGAGAGGUGGUCUGCUGAGCGAGAUCCCAGGCAACAGCAUGGAGUGGUGGGAAGGGAGAGGGAGGGCAGCGGACGCCGCAGCGCUGAGUGGGCACAGGAAGGCAGCUCUCGGCACCCUCCCCACAGAUCCCCCGCAUGGAAAGGCGUUUCAUCUUCUUUCUACCAGAACAGCCCGCAGGGAAGACCAAGUGGACAACCUCACAAGCGGAAUUUUCAGGAGUGCGGACCAGGCCUUGGUCUGGAGCAUGGUCAUCCAAAGUGCCCUCGGAGAGAGAUCCCACAAUACUUCUCUAGGGGAUUUGGCGGCCGUCCCUUGUCUCUCAUGGACAAGAGUCUCUUGAUGAAGGGGCGUAAAAUUAGAGCGGAGUCGGUGAUGCGGCUCAAAGCACCUCCACUUCGACCCAGAGGAGCAGAUAUCAAGAACCAUGAAGAGGAAUUUCCGCAUGCGUCCAGAGAAAAUGCACAAUCCAAGUUCGCUCUUCGGCAGGAGCGUUUCCAAGCAAAGGCUGAGCCGCUGAGGAAGAGAGCCAUACCUCAUCAGUCACCUGCCAAGUCAUCCAGGAACUCUGAGUCACACAAGGAACAUGUGGACUCUCAGCGCGCCUUGAGCACACACAGCUCUUCCUCUAUAGACCGACGGUUGGCUCGUGACCUAGUCGUCGUGUCCCAGUGGCAAGCGCCUGGGACAAACUCCAGCUCAAAGGACAGCCCCCCAAGGGAUAGAAGUAGACCACCACAGAACAAAACAGAGCCCUAUUACAAUUCAGAUGAACAACUUACGCUGAAUGAACGCUUCUCUAAAAUUCAUGACUCCAGUCCUUCCCCUUCUCCAAGAGACUGGAGAUAUGCAGAAAGGCAAACGGACAAGCCACAGGAGAACCACACGCCUGAAAGACCCUUCAGGAAUCCAAGACCACCUCGGAGACCCAGCUUCUGUCCCAGCAGCCCAAAUCAUAAACCAGGUCCUCCUCCCCAGAGAAAGCCAGGCCCUGAUCUGCCUGGUCCCUUUAGGAAGCCACUCAUGGGAGGCGUUGUGCCACGUCCCUUCUCUCAGAGGCCAGUGUUCAGGAAGAGCCAGAGCAUCCUAUCAAAAUACCGCAACAUGCCGACGAUGCGUCAACGUGUACCACCCAACAGAGGGUCGAAUUACCGCCGCUGGUGAUCAAACAGGGGGGACUGACUGCACAGAUCGGGGUUACACCCCCAGGCCUUGUGCUUUGGGCUGGCUCUUUGUCUUGGAGAUGGUCCCCAGAUGGAACUGUCCCUGUGCCCAUCAGAAAAACCAGACAUAAAAUGUUGAUUUUUAUUACAUAAGAUGUGUUUUAAAUAUAGAGAAUAGGCCAUCUGUUUCUAUUCUUCCUGACUAGUUAUUAUGGACAUGGUUUUGUGAUUUCGCAACCGUGUUACAUCUCUCAUAAUAUGUAAAUUAGGUAAUGGUGACUUUUCUUUUUAUAUUUUCCAGCACCACUUUUUCUCCGAUGCUUAGAUUUUUGUGUAUGUUUUUGCUGUAAAGUGGCCGUAAAGACUAUUCCACGGGGGCUGUUGAAUAUGAUGCUCUGUCAAAUGUGUGUGGUCAAGUUUUUAUAAUUCUCAACUUGUAAAAACUACUGAUGCCCCUUGCAUGUCCUGCUCAUUUGAACAUUUGUUUUAAGCUAUUUCAAAUAAUUGGCUGGACAUGCCUUGUGUGGUAUUUUCUCUUGUGCCGAAGGAGGCUCCGUAGUACUUUUUUGGGAUGUUCCCGUCCAUGGGACUGGGGAGAUCUAGUUAUCAUUUCACAUUGACUAAAAUUCCUUUUGAACUGAAGUGACUCAAUACCACUGCUGGCUUGCUUCUGAAGCUAAGCAUUGUUGGUCCUGGUCAGUCCCUGGAUGGGAGACCAGAUGCUGCUGGAAGUGGUGUUGGAGGGCCAGUAGGAGGCACUCUUUCCUCUGGUCUAAAAAAAAUAUCCCAAUGCCCCAGGGCAGUGAUUGGGGACACUGCCCUGUGUAGGGUGCUGUCUUUCGGAUGGGACGUUAAACGGGUGUCCUGACUCUCUGAGGUCAUUAAAGAUCCCAUGGCACUUAUCGUAAGAGUAGGGGUGUUAACCCCGGUGUCCUGGCUAAAUUCCCAAUCUGGCUCUCAAACCAUCAUGGUCACCUAAUAAUCCCCAGUUUACAAUUGGCGCAUUCAUCCCCCUCCUCUCCCCUGUAACUAUUCCCCGGGUCGUUGCUGCAAAUGAGAACGUGUUCUCAGUCAACUUACCUGGUAAAAUAACAGUAAAAUAAAAUAAAAAUUCAUAGUAUUGAGGUUUAUGUGAAAUACAGAGGCUUGAUCAACACUGUCCCUUUACUGCAAAAGGAAAAACAUGAAUAAGCGGUGAACAGUCUAUAGCUGGGAAAUUCUAGACUGAUUCUGAUUUAUGGAUUCAAUAGUGUAGCUGGUUUGUAUGUAAAUUGAGUCUUGCUGAAAAUGAUAUGGGGCUUGUAUGAUUUCGUUUUGUAUGAGAUAAUACUUUGGCUUGUGUGUUAUGGCUGAGUAGAUAAUUUAAUCUGCCAAAUUAGCUUCCCCCUACUCCUGUAACACUGUAGAUGAGAAAAUAGGGGUACAAUCUGAAGAAAAUAAAGAACCAUUUAAAACA